ACGGGCACAACUAUUGUGGCAUCUUGUAAUUUCUUGCACCCACAAAACUGUCGAGUCGACAUGUCUACCAUCACUCUGGAGCAUGAAGUACCGGGGGAAUCCACCAGGACUAUGGCGUCGGAACUCCACCUUGAUCCCAAUCUCACGCCCCAGGACUACCUCGUUCUCCGAAAUUUGACCCAGUCGACUACGUUGGAGAAGACGGCAAACGGAGGCCAGAAAUCGCAAUCGAAUGGCUACUCUAAUGGUAACGCGAAUGGGCAUACGAAGGCACCGGUACAGCGUCAAAUGAAUGGCUACGCGAAUGGAAAUGGGCAAUUGAACAGGAUCCGCGCCGAGAAAGAGAAUGGACCAGAGCAGAACUCGGAUGAAUUCACGAUUGAAACCCUCCAAUCCCUCAGCAACCCUUCUUCCGAAAAUUUCGAACCCACCGUGACCGUAACAUGGGAUGUCCGAUAUAUCAAAGCAGAGUACCCCGUUUUCUACCAAAAUUUCCUUCAGCCGUACAUCAAAUGGGCUCGCAGCGUUGUCCGCGUAGACACCGACGUAGUCAUGCUUACCCAUCUUCUUCUCUACCUCACAACCUCGAUUCCCAGCGCUUGGAUGCUCUACUACCACUUCACCUGGGUCCAUGGCGUGCUCCACUGGCUGAUGCAGUCGUGGUAUGUCGGCACAUACACGCUUAUGAUGCACCAACAUAUCCACAUGCGCGGAAUCCUCGCAAAGAAAUACUUUUGGAUCGACUACGCCUUUCCUUACAUUACGGAUCCAUUGAUGGGGCACACGUGGAACUCGUACUUUUUCCAUCAUGUGAAGCACCACCAUGUGGAAGGAAACGGGCCGGAUGAUCUCUCUUCCACGCUGCGCUACCAGCGCGAUAGCGUUCCAGACUUCUUGCAUUACGUCGGGCGUUUCUUCUUUUUCGUCUGGCUGGACCUACCGAUCUAUUUCUUUCGCAAGGGGAAGAACGGCAUGGCGUGCAAAGUCAUAUUCUUCGAACUGGGGAACUACGCGACGCUGUUCUUUCUCUUCCGCUACAUCAACACGCGUGCCACUGUCUUUGUGUUUCUGCUGCCGCUGCUGGUGAUCCGGAUCGGCUUGAUGGUUGGGAACUGGGGCCAGCAUGCGUUAGUGGACGACAUAGACCCAAACUCGGAUUUCAGAUCUAGCAUCACUCUCGUCGAUGUUGCCUCCAACCGCUUCUGCUACAACGACGGCUACCACACCUCGCACCACCUGAACCCGCUGCGCCACUGGCGCGAGCACCCCGUCUCCUUCAUCAAGCAGAAAAAAACAUACGCGAAAGAGCAAGCGCUCGUGUUUACGAAUAUCGAUUAUGUAAUGAUGACAAUCAAGAUCUUACAGAAGGACUAUGCGUAUCUGGCAAAGUGUAUGGUGCCGAUUGGGGAUCAGGGAAGUAUGAGCUUGGAGGAGAGGGCGGCGAUGCUGAGACGGAAGACGAGGAGGUUUUCGGAACAAGAGAUUGCGGCCAAGUUUGGGAAGAGGGCGCAGCAGUAGUGUAUGAUUCUCGAGG